AUGGGAUGUAAUGAGUGCAACAAACAGCCAGCCAUAACAAUUAGACCAUCCACGAAAACAAAAUUAUGCAAAAGGUGUUUUAUUCAGAGCAUAGAAGACCAAGUGCAUACGACCAUUCAAGAAACAGAUAUGUUCAAAGACGUUAAAACGCUUGUAGUUGGAGUUAGCGGGGGGAAAGAUUCAACUGUUUUAGCACAUAUUCUUAACAUAUUGAACAAAAGGCAUUGCUAUAAUCUAGAUCUAAGGCUCCUGUGCAUUGAUGAAGGAAUUUCAGGAUAUCGAGACAAAUCAAUAGAGGUAGUGCAUAUAAAUGAAAAAGAAUUGUCUAUUCCUUUAAAAAUAAUGAGCUACAAUGAUAUAUAUGGCUAUACAAUGGAUGCGGUGGUAACGAAAAUAGGCAGAAAAAACAACUGCACGUACUGUGGGGUGUUUAGGAGAGGUGCAUUGGAAGAUGGAGCCAAGCUGCUAAAGGGCGACAUGAUAGCCACAGGCCACAAUGCAGAUGAUAUAGCAGAAACAAUUCUUUUAAACUACUUACGAGGAGACAUGAAUAGGCUAGUAAAGUGCGCACACCCAAUAACAUUAACUUCUUCCAAAGAGGUGAUACCUAGAUGCAAGCCACUUGCAGGCCUAUAUGAGAAAGAGAUAGUAAUGUAUGCCUUCUACAACAACCUACCAUACUUUUCAACAGAGUGCAAAUACUCGCCAGGGGCGUUUAGAGGGCAUGUAAGAACGUACAUAAAAGCACUAGAAAAGAUAAACUCACAAGCAAUUUUGAAAAUCAUCAAAUCAGGGAAAUGUGUACAGAAAAAUUCAUAUCAUAUGGAUAGCAAGGCAUGCGAAGUUUGUGGCAAAAACUGCUCUGGUGCAGAGGGAGUGUGCAAAUCAUGCAUUCUUCUUAAGUCUCUUUCAGAAAUAUAG